CAUUGGUGUUGUUCAAUUGGCGACUGGUCGUUGACAGUUGAGGUUAUCUUUAUAUUAUUUAAUUGUGUGUUUAAUUUUUACAACAAAUACAAAAAUGCCUAAAGUAGUGUCGCGAAGUAUCGCUUGUUCGGACACUAAAGAUCAAGAAGAAUACGGAGACGAGAAGCCCCUACACAUUUAUUAUUGUUUGUGUGGACAGAUGACUCUAAUUUUAGAUUGUUCUAUUGAGAAGCUUCCUCUUCGUAAACGAGACGGUGCACGAGUUUUAGAUGGUACGAAUCACGCUCACAAAAUCACUUGCGAUAACGACGAAACAGUGCACAUUAAACGACCCGAAGGAAUCGAGAGACAAUAUAGACUUAAGUGUAAAAAGUGUGGACUUUUGUUGUACUACAAGCACGAGCCGCAGAGUCCCGUUAGUUUUAUAGUUAGGGGGUCUCUAAUCAAGUCUACUAAUGAGGGACCAAUCACUGAUAUUUAUAAUCAGGUGGCAGUGGAAAAACCAAAGAAAAUUAUGGUCACAAAACACACCAAGAACAUGGGGAAAUUUAGUUCUGUUACCGUGUCCACGAUAGACGAAGAAGAGGACGAAAUUGAGGCGAGAGAAGUUGCUGACAGCUACGCCAAUAACGCGCGCAUCAUCGAAAAACAACUUGAGCGCAAAGGCAUGAACAAACGCAAACUCGAGCAGACCAAAUCGCAAGAACUGAAAAAAAUCCGUGGCACCUUAAUAGACAAAUAAAAAUAAAUUUAUUGAACAAUCUUAAAUAUAUUACAUAAUAUUUAUACUUUACUCUUACUGUUACAAAUUUAAGUUACAUAAUAAAAAAUUUAGACUAGUCAA